GCCAGCCAGCCAGUCAGUGAGACGUCAGGCGUCUGAGCGUGGGCGCAAGCGGGCGUGGACAAAGCCAUUUUGCACAGCACCGCGCUCUCGCUCUGUCCUGACGUCCAUUUUCCCCAACACCGAAGAACAAAGCACACCGCAAGAACGAAGAAAGCCUCACAUUAUCAUCACAUCUCAUAUCUCACGCCACCUGAUCCACAUCAGCACUGAUAUCGCUUCCACCACCACCAAGCAAGCAAGGACACAAACGCCAACACCCCCUACAAUCACCGCCCACGGCGUCGCUUCAUUCGAUUGCCAUCCGUCAACGCCGACAUGCCCGCCUUCGCCAACUUUUUCGGGUGCAACCUGGAUCCCCGGACAGGCGAGCCCCUGAACUGUGCCAACCUGGUGCGGGCCCACGACAACUUCUGCUACAACGCGACCACGGUUGGGCGCGAUGAGCCCCUGAGGUCCUUCUUCACGGGAGAGCCAUUGACGGGGGGAGUGCCGCUCGAGAAGGAAGAGCUCGCCGCCUUGCAGCGCCACGUGAGCAAAGCGCCGGAUGCCGCCCGUCCCCAGGGCAUCUCCGACUUCUCCCUGCCACACGUGCAGCAGCUCCUCGAGAACGGCACCUUGCCCGCCUUGCCUGAGACCAAGUUUGGGGUCUCCGCCAGCCAGCGCGACGGCGCGUCCUCGCUGCUCGACCGCAUCAUCGACAUCCCCAUUCUUCCCGACAACACGCGCGCCACCAUUGUGGUCGAGUUCCACCCAGGCCCCAUGCAGCUGCCGCACAUCACGCAGCGCACGUGUUCCGACGGCACGGAGGUGGCUCUGGACACGCUCGUGUUCGGUGGCGGUCCAACUGGCCAGCAGCAGGCAGGCGUGACUGGAGACCUCGUGCCAUGGAACCACAUCAAGGAGAGCGCCAAGGCCCGUGCUGAUGCCCUUGCCGCACGCUUGCAGGGCACUGACCCGCACGCCACGACCGAUGUCGAGAUUGUCAUCCGCCUUACCCAACCACACUUCCCGCGCAUCAACGCCUACGACAUUCCUGGUCGCGUCGUCCUCCCGCCAUCACUCGCCACAGACAUCACGGUGAUUCGUGAGAGGAUGUUGGCACAGAACAACCUGCACGCGAUUGUGCUGGCACGCGCAGGCACGCUGCUCAACAACGUGCUGGCCAUUGGCGAGUUGGGAGACAAGUUCCCACAUCUCUUUGAGACUGCAACCCUCGUCAUGACACUCAUGGACAAUGGCGUGCGGCCAGAGGAAAACGCGCGUGCCCUGGUUGACGCCGAUCUACUGCACGCGUUUGGCAACGGCUUUGUUGUCGUGCCGAGCCCACGUACACCUGACGUGGCAGAUCACACCGCAUACGCCCCCGCACUCGCCCAGGAAGAGCAGCUCACGGACAGGCUGCAGCAGUUUGACGAGCUCAACGGCCGCAUUGGACGCACCGCGUUCCUGGCCGCACUCAAGCGUGUGUACGACAGCGACCACAUGCGCCUGUGGGUGGGCCGUGCCUACCACACCGCCCACAAGCUGUGCAUGGCGAAGCGUGCGCGCGUCAUGGAGCUGUCACCAUACUUCACCACCCCGGUCCCCGACGCGUGCACCGCCUCCAGGCAGACGCUGAACGGUCUCGACGCCACCAACGCGACUUCCCCGCUCGCCUCCACACCAGAGGCCGAGCUGCGCGUGCUGCUGUGCGACCGCAGCGCGGAGCUGAUUGGCGAGCGCCAGCGUGAGAUUGACGCCACCAUCAACAGGCGCGUGUUUGAGCUGAUCGUCAGGCGUCUACAGCAGGCGGAGGACCGUGUGCGUGAGGGCGCGCGAGGCGACGCUGCCGGCAUCGAUGCCACCACCGCCCUCGUGGCGCAGGCGCGUCAGCUGCACCGCGAGUUGAGCGAUGAGCUUGCGGCCGUUGUCAACGACCUGAGGGAUGGGACAAUCGCCGGUGCCGUGGCCGACAUUGUCAAAAGUGCCCUGCAGGAGGACACGUCGCCCAUGAACGUGCACCGCUUCCCAACUUUCAUCGCCAACACCGCACAAGCCGUGCGUGAGUUCUUCCACGAGAACGUGGACAGCGUGCUGGCGCUCGCCGUGGCGGAGUUCUCUGCCACCUUUGUGGGCGAUCAUCGCACGUUGUUCACGUUCCGCCACCAUCCCGGCAGCGCCGGUGGAGGCGACGACGACGAUGGCAUCGUCACGCCCGCUUCGCUGGAGUACACGCCGCCCGACCUCAAGCCUCUCACGGGCAAGCUGCACAUGUACGUUGCCAGCGCGGCCAUGGUGAUUGACUGGGAGGCGAUGAGGAAGGCUGUGCUGGAGGAUCGCAUGCACGCCUUUGAUCUCACGGAGCAGGAGACAGUGGUGCGUGAGCGCGUGCAGCUGUUUGACGAUAUUACGCAGCUGAACGAGGCCCUCGGUGACAUCUGCCGCCUUCGCAACCGCCAGAUGGACACGCAUGCAGCCGACCAGCUCGGUGCCAUUGCUGUUGAGGAUGUGACGCCUGAGAACCUGCCAGGCCUCUCGCAAGAGGCCGUGUUUACGCUGCAGCAGCUUCGCACGCAGGAUGCCGCCUUGACAGAAUUCUCAGCCGACGUGGGUGCUGACGUUGAGCUUCCAGUGCUCGUCAGCACGGUCAACAUCCUCUCCUCCAGCCAGCAUCUCACCUCUGUCAGCUUCUCCAACCUCGAUCUCUCUCGCACGGACGGCGAUCUGAGUGUGCGUGACAGCGUGUCCACGCUGCUUCUCUUCACUCCUCAUCUCCAGCACUUGACGCUACCCGGCGCCAAGUGCGGUGACAGUGAUGAUGCGAGCUGGCUUCGCAAGGCCAUCAUGUCAAGCACCACCCUCAAGACAGUCACGGUGACGGGCGUGAGUCGAGCGGACGGCGACGCGCUGCGUGCGGCAAUUGGCGAUGCCGUCAGCGAACACUCGACACUCACAGCCGUCACAAUUGGCAUCGUGGAGCCUCCUGCCCCUGCCGACGUUGAUGCUGGUGACGAUGGCAACGAGGGGGGUAACGAAGGUGGCGACAGCAGCAACAACAACAACGACGACGACAACAACAACAACAACAACAACAACAACAACAACAACAACAACAACGACGACGACGACGAGUCUGGCGACAACAACGGUGGCAACAGCGAUGACACCGGCACGGGCAACGGCAAUGAGUCUGGCGACAACAAGGGGGAGCAAGUACCUGCACCCGCCAGCAGCACAGGAGAGCUCGCCACACCCGAUGACGAUGACAUUGCGGAGCAGUACAAGGCAGCCAGGGCGGAAGGCAUUGCGUGCUUCAACGACUCAAAGUUUGAGGAAGCGGUGGCCGCGUUUACGCGCUGCGUUGAGCUGGACGCCAACAACCUUGGCGGAUACAACAACCGCGCCGAGUGCCGCCUGAAGCUGAAGCAAUAUGAGGAGGCGUUGGCUGACACAGCUGUUGUGCUGAACAAGGACCCAGCAAACGUCAAGGCGCUCUUCCGCAAAGCAGAGGCACACGAAGGGCUGGAGGACUUUAAUGCCGCGCUGGACGCAUACACGCGCUGUGCAGACGUCGACCCGGACUUCUCCAACGUGCAGGCGAAGAAGCAGGAGAUGGAACAGAUGAUUGCGGCCGUGGCAGCAUCCAAGGCCGACGCUGAUGGUGGUGAUGGUGCCAAUGAUGGUGAACAGGGUGAAGAGGAAGCUGGUGAUGGUGAAGGUGAAGGUGAGGAAGCUGGUGAGGGCCAAGCGAAUGGUGAGGAUGCCAACCGCGAGCAUGAUGACGAGCAUGCUGGCGACGAACCAGCUGUGCCAGCCAGCCACGACGAUGAGUUGCUUGCACCGCUUCCCGAGGACAUUCUGGAGCAGCUGGCGGGGAAGAGCAAGGAGGAGCGAUGGCAGUUCCUUGGCGACCGGCUGUUUGCGCGCGUGGAGAUUCUCGACCGGGUCAACGCGGGCCGGAUCACGGGGAUGCUGCUCGAACAAGACGACGAGGCCACGGUGGCGCUGAUGCGAGACCAGGACGCGCUGACUCGCCACGUGCAGCAGGCGCAGGAGGUGAUUGCUCGGACGGCCAGCAACGAGGGUGAAGUUGGUGAAGGUGGUGACAACAACAACGACGAAGGUGGUGAAGGUGGUGAGGGUAACCAGGAAGGUGGUGACAACAACAACAACGACGACGAAGGCGGUGACAACAACAACGACAACAACGCCGACAACUGAUCUCUUCAAUGACUUGACUGACGUGUGUGUUUGUUCUGCUCUUUUUCUGCCUUUCUGCUUCCUCCUUGUCGUGCGUGCGUAUUGCUCUUUGUUUUGCUUUGCAUCUUUCCGUUUUCUCUUGCGAGCCUUUUGCGUGUGUGUACCAGUGUACUUAAACCAGCGACAC